AUGAUUUCUCUCUAUUUGGCCUGGGACCUUGAGCAGAAAAAGGUGUUAUUUGUCCACAGAGGAGUGAGUUUCGGGCGUUUUGUGCUUUUUGUGUCAGAUGGGAAACAUUAUGUGUCCACUCUGCUGGAGGUAAUGGCCCAGGAUCCUUACCUGCAAGUGGAGAACAACACCGGCCUCUUGGUACAGCAAGGUGGUGACACGACCUUGACCUCCGCUAACCUCAGCAUCUUCAGCAACCUUGACAUCCGAGAUCCAGAGGAAGUGACGUUCGACGUCUUCCGUCCGCCUAAACACGGUUUCCUCUGCUUCAAUGACGGCGACUGUGACACUGCAAAAGGAGCAGAUGCAAUUAAAAGCUUCACCCAGCGGGACCUGGUGGAAGGGCGUUUGGCAUAUCGCCACGACGGCAGCCAGGAAUUGUCAGAUUGGUUCAAUGUGACGGCACGAGCAGGGGAAAAGAGCACAGAUAGGCGAGUGGACAGAGGGAGGAGGGAGGUCCAAGUGGACGUCGGAGUGCUGGUAAAGAUCUACCUGGAGAGUCAUCAGAGGGAGCCAACGGUCAUAAGUAACCGUCCAGUUGUGGUGCCAGAAGGACAGAAUGUUUCCAUCAGCAGGGAACAUUUAGAGGUGGUCCAUGAGGACAGCCAACCUUCUGAGAUAAUUUUCACUGUACAAAGUCCUCCCGCCCUGGGCUUUCUUCAGAGAUCCUCCCCCUUCAACCAGCACCAGAUCGUCCAUAGAGAACAGCAGUUCUCUCAGGGCAUCAGAGAGCAGCAGAUGACCUUCACCCAGAAUGACGUGAACCAGGGAUUGAUUGUCUAUCAUCAACAGGCCACAGGAUGCACCAAUGACUCUGUUCUGUUGGAGGCAACCAAUGGAGUCACAAAGGUUGGACCCAUUGAGCUGGAGAUCGAUAUUAUUCCCAUCCUGCUCCCUCUACAGGUGUCUGAUUUGAUGCUUGACGAGGGGUCAUCCCUGCCACUCACCAGUGACAUCAUCAAGGUCGCCAAUCACCACUUCUCAGGCAUGAACUUCCUGUAUCAAGUCCUCGUCCCACCACGGCAUGGACACCUGGAGCACAGCCGGAUACCGGGGAUGCCCAUCACUGCUUUCACACACACUGAGGUGGAACGCGAGUACAUCUCCUACAUCCAUGAUGGCAGCGACACACAGGCGGACAACUUCACUAUUGUUGCCAAUCAGACGGAAAUCAGCAAACACAGUUUGCCCUGCACAGUUCACAUCAGCAUCACGCCGGUCAAUGACGAGUCUCCUGUCGUUACAAACAACCGGGGUCUGAAGGUGUGGGUGGGUUCGGUGACUGAAAUCACCUUAGAAGAUCUUAGUGCAGAGGACCCUGACACUUCCUCUGAGGGGCUGGAGUUUGUGGUCACACCACCCAGCAACGGGCACCUUGCUCUGAAGAGCGCCCCCUCCAGACACAUCCUGAAUUUCACCCAGAGUCACAUACAAAGUGGACAACUGGUGUUUGUGCACAGUGGUGCGUUGACUGGAGGCUUUCACUUCCAGGUAAAUGAUGGUGUCAACUUUGCCCCUCGUCAGAUCUUUAGCACCACUGCACGAUCUCUGGUCCUCACUCUGCAGAGAAACCAUCCAAUGGAGGUCUACCCAGGCUCUGUGACGCUGAUCUCCGAGCAGGAGCUUCAGGUGGUAACCAACGGCGACAGCGAUAACAGAAGGAACCACUCUGUGGUGUUUGCAGUGACCACUCCUCCUAAACUCGGCCGCCUGCUCCGACGCAUGCCUGACAACUCAACGCAAAACAUUUCCACAUUCACACAAAGCAUGGUGAAUGAUGGGGUUAUCCUGUACGAACAGAACAAGCCAGAGACAGUCGGAUGGUCGGCUGUAGAUUCCUUCUCUUUCACUGUGUCCUCUCCUCCUGCUUUCCUUCCGCCAAACACCUUCACCCUCUUAAUCUCCUUCCUGGCUAACAAGCAUCAUGACAACCCUCAACACAACACCAGACUACUGAACAAUGCAGGUGCUGUGGUGGCAGAGGGGGGCAGGGUUACGAUUGACAGGUCCAAACUCGAUGCCUCCAAUCUCCUGAGGAAAGUCCCAGAGCCUCGACGGAAAGACACUCACAUCCAGUACCGUGUCGUUUCUCUGCCACAGCACGGAGUCCUGUCCAUACGAGGAUAUAAUAUCACCAGAGACACACCAGAUUUCACACAGAUCACCCUGAAUAAGUUCGGCGUCACCUAUGUCCACGACGACUCUGAGACGACGAGCGACAGCUUCACGUUCCAGGCUUGGGUGGCUCCUCUGGAUCGCUCCUCCUCCUCUUCCUUAUCCUCUUCCUCUUCCUCCUCAACGUCCUUGUCGGCGUCUUCCUCCUCCGCCCCGUACUCCUUCUCCCCUCUCUAUUCAGCCUCGUCGUCCUCCUUUUCGUCGCCAGGGACGGCUUCUCGUCCCCAAAUCAAAGACGGCCUGGUGGUGACGGAGACGUUCAACAUCACCGUGACGCCAGUCAACGAUCAGCCGCCGCUUAUCAGGAGCAGAUCCCCGAGUAUGAAGGUGGUGAUUGGAGAGAGAGUCAUACUUGGCCCGGACUAUUUGCAGGUUGAGGAUCACGACACGCCUCCAGAGGAGCUGCACUACCUUGUGAUCAGUAAACCCAACAAUGGUUACCUGACGCUGGGCGAAAGACCAGAGCCUGUGACGUCCUUCACCCAGUAUGACGUCAACCAUGGGCGGCUGCAUUUCACACAGCAGGGCGAGGCCUCGACAGGUGUCAUCUACUUCAAUGUCACUGACGGCCAUCACCGCCCCCUCUACAAACUCUUCAGUUUGGAGGUGAUCAAGCCGUCUGUCUCCAUCGUGAACAACACCGGCCUGUCACUGGUACAAGGCAGGACCGCCGUGGUCCUCUCGACCACCCAGCUGGCAGCUCAGACCAACGGUCGCAGCCAGGCCAACAUCACCUACACCGUCACCACGCACCCUCGCCACGGGCGCAUCGUUAUAAACGACCAGGAGGUCGCAACCUUCUGCCACGAGGACCUGCAGUUUGGCCGCGUGGUCUACCACAUGACGGAUCUCAGCGAGUCAGAGGACAUGUUCCAAAUCUCCGUGUCGGCCUCGUCGCCUGGUGUGGACUAUGGGAACGUAACGGCACAGACGGUGGAGGUAACGGUGCGGCCGUUGGUCUACCUGAGGGAGCCGGUGCGGGUACCCAGUGGUAUCGCUGUGAAGCUGGGGAAAGCCAUGAUCGACGCGUCCGAGCUGGCGAGAAUCAGCCGAGCUGACCCAGUCUUUGAGGUUCUGUCUCCACCGAAACAUGGAAAACUAGUCAAGAUGACGUAUGACCCAAACCGAGCAUCAGAAGUCCUGAAGUCGUUCACGUUUAGAGAUGUGGUGCAAGGACGAGUCGCCAUCGAGGAGUCGCUCAGCGACGGUGACAACCAGCUCCACGGCAACAAAACGGCGCUCACGACGGCUCGAGGCCACACCCCCGCCAGACCUCUCAAUGACUCCUUCAUCUUCCUAGUGAAGGCUGGAACCGUGCAGCCGGCGAAGGGCGAGCUUCACUUCACCAUCUUUCCCCACCACCAGAUGCGUCACGGUGCGAGUGGUUUGAGCAAAGAAGACGGCGCGAGUCACAAACGCGCCACGACCCGUCUGCCGACACAUAACAAGACAACGUCCGGAGGCGGGAGAGUGAGUGGACGAGGGGGAUCCACGACCCAGAGCGGCACUGAGGUGGGUUUGCAUCCGCACAUUUUGUCACAUAAAAACCACAACAGGACACAGCACAGGUCGAGGCCUCACAGCCGUUGGGGGAACCAUACGCGCGGCGGAAGCCACGGCGGGAGAUCGGCGAGCCCCGCAGAGGGAGCUGGAGGUCACACUCAACAACCCCACUCUCCUCCAGACAAACAUGGCCCGAUGAUCCAUCCUGACAACCACCCGGUUCACUUCGAGGUCGUCCCUCGUCCUGCCUCUGACCCGCUCCUCAUCAUCCUGCCUCUGCUGGCCUGUUUGCUCCUCAUCAUUAUUCUCGUGGUUUUGAUUCUCGUGUUCCGCCACCGAAAGGAGAAACAGGCCCGGCUGCGGCUCAUCCAGGAGCUGGCUGCGGUAGCGUUACCCCCUGAGGACAGUCCUUACCUGGGCCGGCCGGAGCGGAGCAUGGCGAUGCCAUCUGUGGUGGUGACCCCACUCGGCCCUGCAAGCUGCCCCGCCUCACCGAAGAUACAACUAAUGCCUAAGAGGAGGAGGCAGAGUCUGGCCCCUGGAAUGACCUUCUGGGGACCGAUUGACCCUGAUGGAAGAGGAGGCCAUGGGAAUAUUCGAGUUGGUGCCAAUAACGAACGAGAUAAUGCGAUUUGUCGUAACGUACCCCCAGCUGUUACUGCAGGCUUCAAGACCUCGGUGAGAGCCAGGUCCCCGACUCUUAAACACAACCAGUACUGGGUCUGAUAAAGGGGUGAUUCCAAGGAAAACUGUGCCUUAGAGGUGUAUGUUUGGUGGAAAAUGGCUCAUGACGAGUCUCCCGGAGACAUUGUGGUCAUCUGAUCUGCUAUGAACAGAAACAAUCUGCAUCCUGAUGAAGAAAUCAUACUAUUUCAGUUACUGUAGUAGUAUUUUAUAUGGAUUAAAUUACCCAGCUGUACAGGAAGCAAACAAAAUGUCUCCUUUUUCAAAAAAGAAAGUCCUUUUUAAUAGUAUUUUUCUGUUGUUAGUGCAGACAACCAUCAUUAUUACCUUUAUGAAACAUUUUACUGUACUGAUCCCUGAAAACACUGGUUAGAUAUUAUGUAUAUAGAUAAUAUUAUUUAUUUGAACAAAGGUGCAAAACAUAGACUUAAGUAGCUGAAUUUCACGUUUGCGCUCAUGUAAUGUAGUCAUGUAACUGUUAUCUCGCACCUAGAAGCUAAUUUGUUGUAGUGUUUUGUGACCUAUUGUAAACUUACUUUGAAGACCAAACAAUUUUCUCCUACUUUUACCCAUAAUGCUGCACUUUUCCGUUUCCUGUCACCAUACUGUUUCUGAUGGAUUAUUAAUGAAGUCAUAGUAAGCUGUAAUAACAUACAGUAAAGUAAAUAUCUCCCUUCUGGAUGGACUUUAACAUCUUCAGUCAGUCUUAACCCUUUUGUUUCCUGCGCCUGUUUGCCAUGCACUUUGCAAAAUUUAUUUUUAAAUAAAAAAUAUUUCUUUAAUA